AAGAUGCAUAUAGGUCAACCUUUUGUAUUAAAUGAAUAAGAUAUAUUAAAUAUUCCAAACGGAAGUAUAUAAAGUAUUACUAAAGAAAUAGCAUUUAUAGAACCGCUUCUAAAUGCUUAUGAUGAUAAAAUUGAAUAAUUGGAGCAUUUAUUAGAAAUAACAAGUGAAGAUUAUAGAGAUAUGUAAAAGAAAGCAGAUUUUUUGAUUUAAGAUAAUAAUACUUUAAGAGAAGAAUUAGAGAAAAAAUGCUAGUUUAUUAUUUCUUUAUAUAAAAAUGGAAAUCCAAUUAAUAAUAUUUAAAAUUCUUAUUAAAAACUUGAAAAAGAUGAUUUAAAUGAAAAAAUUAAAAUUUUAACUUAAGAAAAUACUGAAUUUUUGCAAAAAUUUACAGAAAUAUGUGUAUUGAAAAUAAAAUUAAAAAAAUUAAAAAAAAUUAAAUAAAAAAGGCUAAACAUAAGUAAAUGUUAGUUUAAUUUGACUCUAAAAGUGAAGAAUGUUUAAUUGUAACAUAAAAAUAUUAAGAAUAAACUGAUUAUUUAAAAAAUCUUCAAUUAAAAUACGAUGAUUUAGUGA